CAGGACUUCAUCAAAUUGGACAAUCGGGGAAGCUGAGUAUAGGUCAGAGUAGUAUUCAAUGGAUGCUUUUCCAAUUGUAUAUGGAUCAGAGCACUGGAUUCCAUUCUUAUCAAGGAUUGAGGAGUGGCAGUAUUUUGUUCCAUCUGAAUUGUGGUUUAACAAUAGAGUUUGUACUUUUAGCAAGGAUUGCAUUACUGUAAAUCUUAAGGCCAAGACGAUUGAUGUGCAAUUGGGAAUAUUUAGGGAAACUUGCUUUGGUAAAUUGUUGGAUUUUGAAGACCUUAAAUUGCAGCCUCAACUUGUGCAUUUGUUUGCUUUUGCGAGAAAUUAGUCACAGUAUUCCCAAGGAGAUCUGGUUUGAUGUUUCUAGCUUUCGUUUGCGUUUUUCCAUUGCUGAAUUUGCUGUUGUGACUGGUUUGAAGUGUAGUGGUGAAUUUGAUACUUCUACUAUUCCUUCAUCAGAUAGUAAUUCACUUAUCAAAAAGUAUUUCAACAGUUGUUCUAAAGUUACUCGUGAAGAUAUUGAAACUUGUUUUCUUUGUCAAAAGGCUGAUUGUGAUGAAGAUGCAGUUAAAAUUGAUAUUCUUAUGUCCUUGGUUUGUUCUUCUUUACUUCAUCUGAGGAUAAGGUCAUAAGUGAAACUUAUUUGGCUGUUGUUGAUUGUGGUUUAUGGUAUUCCUAUCCUUGGGGGAAAGACCUUUUUGAUGUGAUAUUACAGAACUUGAAGGGCAGACUUGUUGAAGCAGAUGAUUCAGAAAGUGAUUAUUUCUUUUAUUGUAUUUGAGGAUUUCCUCUUGCUCUUCAGGUCUGGUUUUAUGAGUGAUGUGGUUGCUGCGAUUGUGUGUUUGCUUCUAGAUCUGUUUCUACUAUUCCCCGAAUGUUGUCUUGGCAUUCUUCCAUUGCACACACUUUCAAGAAGUUGAAUAUGGAACUUCUUUCUUUAUCCGCCUCUUAGGUUUUUUGUCUUACUUUUAUUUUCAUUAUUACUUUUGUGUUUUUAUUAUGAUUUUAUUCCAUUUAAUUUAUUUUUGUUUUAUGUUUUUCAUUUAUCAGUUGAAGCUGCACAAUGUUUAACUUACUGCCCUUAAGAGUGAAUCACCUGAUUUGCAUGAUAUAUUUGUUUUCAUCUCAUCCAUUGAGGCCCCAAAAUUUGUCAUCUGUUUCAAAUGCUGGGGAGGGAACUAGUUCUUCUUUUGAUGGUGUAUUUUCGAACUCUGUUCUACAGGAUUUUGAAAACCGACUUGACACCAAACUCCUUGCUUUCAAAGAGUUUAUUCAGGGCAAGUUUACUGAUUUAGAACACAAGUUGACUGUGUUAUUUCACUUUCCCAUGUUCAAUCUUCCAAACACACAAAUUCUGGUUUUUUCUCUCCUGAUAAAAAUCAACCUGUAGAAGAACCUGAUAGUGAUGAUGAUGUUGAUACCACCAAAGGUCUUUCUGAUAAUGAUAAUGACUUUGAUAUUCUUUUUGCUGGUGGAGAUGUAAAUGUUGAUCUUCAGUGUGGUCAGUUAGAUGAAUCACUGAUAUCUGCCGACCCUACUGGACAUGCCUUAGAUGAUACACAUGUUAUGUAUUGUUUCUUUUUUCAUUUUUCAUUUUGUGUUCAUUGUUUUAUUUUGUUUCAUUGUUGUUUCUCUGCUUUCUUUCUUUUUAUGAAAUUCUUUAUUUCCAUGCUUUUAAUCUCAUUAAUCCUUUUUGUUAUCAGAUUGCGGUUGAUGUUCCUGUCAUGACCCGUCAUUUGCAGGAGUUGGAGUCUGAUGAUUGCGAUAUUUUCCUUCAUUCAUAUCUGAUAUUGUGUUUUCAACAUUUACUUAUUGCAUGUCGGCCGAGAAUGAUACUGUUUUGAUGGCUUCUGUUGAAAAUCUGGGUUUUUUUUACUGUGACUGAGUUGCAUUAUGCGGAAUAUGCUACUUUGUUGGAUUAUUUUCCUUCCAUGUCCUUUUGCUGAUGAGGCAGUCUGUGUGCCACCGCCUUCUAUUCUUGGUGCUUUUAACAUUUGGAUUGAUGAAGGAGCUUAUAAACGUAAAAGAUCGAAGUUGAUGUAUCCUCCUAAAGUUGAUCAUCUCAUCCCUGGAUAUGAUUUUACUGUUGCUUUUGUGGGAUCGAAGACAUGUUUCCACUCUCUUUAUUAUUUGGGACAAUUGAUAUUAGAUUCUCAUUUAGAUGUGAUCUUUUAUUACUUCAGGAAGAAGGCUGAAGUUACUAAGACUUGCAAAAUCAGUUUCACAACAACUGAUACUCUUUUUAAUGUGAAUGUACUGAAAGCAUAUGCUGCAACCCAAGAUAAAACAUUUUCUUGGUCCAAGUUUGCAGGUCUUUGUGAUUAUAUUGUAGGGUUUCAAUUGCCCUGUUCAAAAGCUUGGGAAGAAGUUGACCAUGUUUUUAUGCCAAUUUACUUUAAGACGCAGAUGCAUUGGAUUCUAGCUAGAUUUUGUAUUAAUGAUUGGUGCAUAUAUGUUUAUAAUUCCAUGGUCAGUCCAAGGGAUAUAGGCAUAUAGCUCAUGCUACAGAUGUUGUGAAGCCAUAUACUAUGAUUCUACCUUUGUGUUUUAGACACAUGUACCACUUUUCUAAACGUGCAGUGGAUGUUAAUAAGAGCUUAGAUUAGAAAUUCAUGACUAACUCGCCUGUCCAAGAAUCAGCAUAAGAUUAUUUAUCUUAUUAUACUGAUUUUGUUUUAUGCAUUAUCCUUUCUAUUACUAAUACACUUAUUGAUUUUGAUUAUUUUUUUUAGUGACUGUGGAGCUUAUGUUGCUGCUUUUGCUGAAUCUUCAUUGAUGGCAUAGAGAUUCCUCCAUUUUUGGAUAUUGAGCUAUACACAUCGAGGCUUGCCUAUUUUCUGUAUCAGUAUGGAGUGUCUAAGGUGAAUGGUGAAGUGCAGAGAGUGAUGGUGAUCAAGGCAAACGUAAGCGGAAGCGCAAGAAGUUGAAGAUUUAGAUAUAUGUAGUAAUGACUAAUAUUUGUAUUGUAAACAUACUUUUGUUAAGUCGAUAUGUAUUUUUGCUUUUUGUGGAAAUGUAAUCCUAUAUCAAAUGCUUCAAUUCCUAUGAACAUCUGUUGUGUACUGUUGUCAUACAGUUCAUGUAUUCUAU